CAACACAACAAAAACAGAAAAUGGGUUUCUAAGUAGCAGUACUACUAUUAUAUGUGAUUUUGGUUGAAAAAUAAAACCGAAGAAAAUCAAGAGAGAGAGAGAUGAAUUUGAUUUCAUGCAUGAUGCAUAACUCUCGAUAAGAAAGAAUUAUGAAUAGAGAGAGAGGAGGAUGACGAUGAGUUGGAAGGAAGUAGGAAUUAGGAAAGUGGCGUGGAUUACAGUCAGCUCAGCUCACCACCAGCCGUUUUAAACCUACCUGCUGCCUGCCUGCUUGUCCUUUCCUUUGUGCACUAGCGCUUCCUGCCUUCCUUCUCAAAUAUAACCCCCAAAAUUGGGGUUGGCAUUGGCAUUGGCAUUGGCAUGGCGAUAAGAUCUUGAGAACAAAGGAAGGAAGGAGAAGAUAAGAGAAGAGAAGCCCUCUACACCAACUAGCAGUAGUGCGGUGCUGUCUGAUACCAUUCAUUCAUUCCACAGGUUGCGGAGAUGUAUCGUUCAAAACGGUGUCAUUUUUGUUGAUGAAAUUGGAUACAUGCGCUUUUGAAUAACCAUCGAGAUCGGAAUCCGAACCAGACGAAAGAAAGGUCUUCAGGUUGGUUUGUCAGAAAGACGAUCUCAACCCACCUCUUCCCUUCUCUUUCGUUUCCUUUUUAUUUCUCUUGGAAUCUGUGAUUGUUUUGGGUUUGCGCGAUCUCAAUGUUGCUUGCUUGCUUGUUUACUGAAACUUCAUUCUCAUCUAGAAUCACGCGUUUUUCAGUUCUACUGGCUGGCCGGUCUCCACUCCAAGCAACAGUACUAAGAUCUCAAUAUAGUAUUAUUUUAAAAAAAUUCUGAUUCUACGAUGAUAUUUUAAUUUUGAAAUUUUGAUUUCCUCCUUCCCCUCUCCUUAUUUUCAAGUUCAAUAUAUAAAAUACAGGGUGGGAAUGCGGAAAGAUGUGCUUCGCGGGGAGACGGCCAAUCUUUGACUUUGGUGAGGUGGAGGAAGCCCCACCUUGUCCUGCUGCUGCUGAUACCACCAGAUAUACAUUCUGCAGUCCUAUACACUUGCGCUUUCAGAGGCCAGCUUUUGGUGAAUACCUUAGACGGCUAAUUCCGCACAAUGCUAUCUGCAGCGACGAUGAUGGUUGAGUCAAGGUGGUGUUUUUGAACUGGUAAAACUUAUCUGGGAGGCGAACAAGUAGUUAGAUCUAUAUCUGUAUCUGUGUCUUCUAUCUUUGAAUGGAGGAGAGUAAAGGGGUUGUGCUGAUGCAAAAAUAUGAGGUGGGUAAAUUGCUGGGACAAGGCAACUUUGCCAAGGUCUAUCACGCCCGGGAUAUCAAGACUGGUACGAGUGUGGCCGUUAAGGUGAUUGACAAGGAUCGGAUCUUGAGAAGGGGAAUGGCUGAUCAAAUCGAGAGAGAAAUAUCUGUGAUGAGACUCAUCAGGCACCCCAACAUUGUGCAGCUCUAUGAGGUGAUGGCCAGCAAGGCCAAGAUUUAUUUCGUGAUGGAGUAUGUGAAGGGAGGUGAGCUCUUUAAAAGGCUGGCCAGAGGGAAACUGAAAGAAGAUGCGGCCAGGAAGUAUUUUCAGCAGCUGAUUGUUGCUGUGGACUUGUGUCACAGCAGGGGCGUCUAUCACCGGGACCUGAAACCUGAGAACAUAUUGUUGGAUGAAGCUGGAAACCUCAAGGUCUCAGACUUUGGGUUGAGCGCUCUUGCUGAAUCCGCGAGGCAGGACGGCUUACUUCACACAGUCUGUGGAACCCCUGCCUAUGUUGCCCCAGAAGUCAUCAACAGGAGAGGAUAUGACGGGUCCAAAGCCGAUAUCUGGUCUUGCGGGGUGAUCUUGUUUGUGCUCUUAGCAAGACGCCUCCCAUUCCACGAUUCAAAUGUAAUGGAGAUGUACAGGAGAAUAGCCAGUGCGGAGCUCAAAUAUCCCACUGGGAUGUCUCCCAGCGCUUGCAGUCUCAUCUCUAAGAUAUUGGAUCCUGAUCCAAACACCAGGUUCUCUAUUCCGCAGAUCAUGGAAAACUCUUGGUUCCGCAAAGGUUUCAAAUCCAGAGAAAAGAGGAGGUGUGAGGAAAAUAUGAAUCAUGCAGCGGCAGGAGGAGCCAGCAAUAGCAAUAGCUGCUGCGGGAAUAGCAGCAGCACCGAGAACAUGAAGGUGGCGGCAGCGGUUGCCUUGAACGCCUUCGAUAUCAUCUCACUGUCGGCUGGUUUCGACUUGUCAGGCAUGUUUGAGGAGGAGGAGGAGGGGGAGAAGAAAGAAGUGAGGUUCAUGUCGGAGCAGCCGGCCUCGAGCAUCAUCUCAAAGCUGGAGGGAUUAGCAAAGCGGCUGAAGAUGAAGGCCAAAAAGAAGCAGGGGGGGUUUGUGAGACUGGAGAGUAGUAAGGCGGGGAGGAAAGGGGCGUUGUGUAUAGAGGCUCAGGUGUAUGAGGUGGCCUCGGCCCCGCCUUUCCAUUUAGUUGAGAUGAGGAAAUCCAGUGGGGACACGCUGGAAUAUCUAAAGCUGCUGAAGCAGGAGAUCAGGCCCUCCUUGGAAGACAUCGUGUGGACCUGGGCAUGGCCGGGCCCGGGAGGAGGAAUGGGCCAAGGCUGAUCGAUGCUGGUUCACCCCACCCCACCCCACCCCCACUGACGACGAUGGUGAUGCUUCUCUUCUCUGCCGGUCAAGCCUAGACUAGACUAGACUAGGUGUAGGUGGUAGUUAUGGAUGGAGGGACGGGCGGGCGGGCAUCUCUCCUUUCUUGCGACUUCCAACUUCCAAAUCCAAGUGAGAUGGAUGGAUGGAUGGGCGUUUGCUUUCUAUUUAUUUAUUCUAUGAGUAUGAGUGAAACAAACAAUGUUAAGAAAUUAAGAUGGAUCGGUCGUUAGUUCCAUUUCCAUGUUGGGCAGCAAUCAAGGUACGGAUGAAACCGUAAAUGAAAUUAAAAAAAAAACAAAGAAGGGUGCGUGUGGGGCCGCGGCACCCUUGCGACCAUCAAGAUCCAAGAAGCAGUUGAGUACAAAGAGACCCAUCAUCGUCGUCGUCCAUUCAGGGUUGGCUGGCUUGGCUCUGCUCUGCUACACUAAGACGCAAAUCAUUACACUCUGCCAGUUGAGUACACCAUUAUGGAUGGCGAUUUUGAUCUAACACCACACCACACUACAUUACGCACCUGCGAAUCCAAUCCAAUCCCACCUCUCUCUAACUAUUAUCAUAUCAUAUUCUAGUAUAUGUUUCCAAAGUAGCCAAGGGACAAUGAUGAUGAUGA